AUUAUAUUCUCAUGAUGCAACCUAAGUUACCUCAUAAAAUUGCCAAAAUGUAGUUGUUUUUUUGAUUAGUGUUUUGUAUCGCUCAGGACUAAGAUAAUGAAAACUGAAAUCCUUCUUUGUGUGCCACUUUUCUUGUGUCUGUAAUGUAAAUAGAUUUACAUAUAUAUAAGGUAAACAUUCCUCUUCGGAAUGAUGAAUCUUUCUUUUGCUGGAUGUGGUUUUCAUUGUAUGUAUCAUUUGGGAGUUAUUUCAUGCCUUCAGAGACAUGGCAAAAGCAUCAUGCAAAACAUAUGCUGUUAUGGUGGUGCAUCAGCAGGCUCACUUGCUGCUACAUUAUUGGCAACAUCCAUUCCUAUGGAGCAAGGGAUUCAUUUCAGCACAAAACUGGCAUUGAAUGUUCGCAAGAAAUCCUUUGGAGCUCUAAGUCCCUCUUUUGAUAUGACUCAUCACCUCAAAGAAGGCUUGCAGUAUUUGCUGCCUAAAGAUGCUCACAAAAUGGCAAGCAGUCGCCUUUUUGUUUCCAUAACAAAAUACCCUCAACAUGAGAAUUCCAUCAUCUCUCAAUUCAGCACUCGAGAAGAAUUGAUACAGGUUUUGUUGGCAAGCUGUUACAUUCCAAUUUAUAGUGGAACCAAAGUCCCAGUUUACAAAGGAGAGAAGUGGUUUGACGGCGGCUUCACCGAUAACUUGCCCAUUUUCAAAACGGGCAAGACGAUCCGCGUCUCGCCAUUCAGUGGUGAUUUUGACGUAUGUCCAAUGGACAACAACUCAAAGAAACCGCUCACAGUUCAGCUGAAAAACAUGAAAAUUGCGGUGAAUUAUAAAAAUAUGGAACGUGGCUUUCAAGGACUCUUUCCUCCGUCGCAAAACAAACUUCACAAAAUAUACAAGAACGGCUACAACGAUGCUUUAAAUUUUCUUCGUACGCCAUUAAAGUAAACUUAUAAGACAUAUAUCCCUUCCAUUUAUAAGAAAUAAAUGUUUAGUAAUUAGUGAUAA